AUGGCUCAGCACGGCAGCCGCCCUCGUGCUCUUCGUCUGGUCACCAGCAGCCACCGCCACCCCAGGCGUCCGAAACUCCAUCAGUCCCAGUUUGCCGCGGCAGUGCCUCGGUCUGUCCGGAGCGUUGCAGCACCUCGGGGCCCAACACGGGCAACUGGUCCGUGUACGCGGACUUUAAGCAGAUCCGCAAGUGCAAAGAGACCAUGUUCUACGACUUCUCCCUGUUUUGAUGAUGUCGAUGACCGGCACGGAACCCAUCGCAUUCAAGCCUGCUCGUCAUACGGACCCGACUUUGCCAGUUUCCCUGUCUCCCCGGCGCGGAUUACAUCGGCCGAGUCCGUGGACGUGGAGUUUGAACUCGGCUGGUGGCAUGAGGGCUUCGGUCUGGCGGGUGCGGGACUGCGAUCGAUUGUGAAGGAAGAUGCGCCGUCGGGACAGGCAACGAUUGGUCUGUACGUGGGCCAGGGUCUCCUGAAGCAGGGGCUCAGCCAGUCUGCGCUCAAGAUCUUCCAGGAUAAUCUGGACAAGCUCGAGCUCUGCGAGGAGGGCUAUGAUAGCACGCAUGUCAUUGGGGUCAUGGCGACCAGUAAUGGCACGUUUGCCCCCAUCCAAAGCGCCAUCAAGGCUUGGGCCAACGCGACGUGUUUGUCCUUCUCCGGGUCCACCAAGUUCGCGGGCUCGGCCACGUUCACGACGCCUCUUCUAAAUGGGAACCACACAACUACCAACUCAACAGUCCGGGUUCGCAACCUGGCGCGAAACGUUGUUACCCGGGCAGAAGAUAAGUGUAGGACUGUACAGGUUGAGGCUGGGAACGGCUGCGCAGAUCUGGCCGUGAAAUGCGGCAUCUCGGGGGCGGAUUGCACCAAGUACAACCCGGGUGCAGAUUUCUGCUCCACAUUAAAACCGAAGCAGCACGUCUGCUGCUCCAGUGGCGACCUCCCUGAUCUCCGGCCCCAGCCCAACAAAGAUGGCUCGUGCAAAACUCAUCAAAUCCAGGCCAAUGACAACUGCGCCAGCCUUGCUGCAGAACACAGCCUCGAGAUCGCCGAUCUCGAGAAGUUCAACAAGAAUACUUGGGGCUGGAAUGGCUGUGAGCUCCUGUUCAAGGAUACGGUCUUGUGCUUGCGUGAGGGGAGCCCUCCCUUCCCUGCGGAGAUUCCCAAUGCCCAGUGCGGUCCGCAGAAGCCCGGCACCAUCCCACCCACGAAUGGCUCGAAGAUCGCGGAUCUCAGUCCGUGUCCGUUAAACGCAUGCUGCAAUAUCUGGGGCCAAUGCGGAAUCACCUCGGACUUUUGCAUCGAUACCAACACUGGAGCCCCCGGGACGGCCAAGCCAGGCACCUACGGGUGCAUCUCCAAUUGCGGCAUGGAUGGUGUCAAGGGCGCGGGAUCAGGCGAGAUCAAAAUCGCCUACUACGAAGGCUACUGCCUGAGCCGAAAGUGUCUCUUCCAGGACGCCUCGCAGAUCGAUGCGUCGCAGUACACGCAUCUACACUUCGGCUUCGGCACGCUGACUGACGCGUGGGAGGUCAAGAUGGGCGAUGAACUAUCCACCUACCAAUUCCGCGAGUUCAAGAAAAGUCUCAGGAGUCAAGCGGAUCCUCUCCUUCGGUGGAUCUUCCGCAACGGUGUGAAACCGGCGAAUCGGCUCACGAUGGCGACCAAGAUUGCCGACUUCAUCAAGCAACAUGACCUCGACGGGGUCGAUAUCGACUGGGAAUACCCCGGUGCGCCGGACCUCCCCGAUUUCGACCCGGGUACCGCGGAAGAUAGCCCCAAUUACCUGGCCCUUCCUGGUGAUUCUCAAGAGCCUUUUGCCCGGAAGUAUCCCAUCGCGGACAUUGCUAAGGUCAUCGACUACAUCGUCUACAUGACCUAUGAUCUCCACGGGCAGUGGGAUGCGCAUAACAGCAACUCGCAAAAUGGCUGUGGCACGGGCAACUGUCUGCGCAGCCAGGUCAAUCUCACCGAGACCCAACAGUCCCUGGCCAUGAUCACCAAGGCCGGGGUGCCUGGCGCCAAGGUGGUGGUGGGCGUGACGAGCUACGGGCGAUCCUUCAAGAUGGCGGACCCUAAUUGCUCGGGCCCCAACUGCCUGUACACGGGCGACCGCUUGACUUCCCAUGCCCAAAAGGGCCCCGGCAUGGACACCGCUGGGUAUCUGGCCGAUGCGGAAAUUGCCGAGAUCAUGAAGAAUGCGUCUCGAGUGGUCAAGAGCUAUGUCGACCCCACCAGCAACAGUGACGUCUUGAUAUAUGACACCGACGAGUGGGUCGCAUACAUGAGCGCCGCCUCCAAAACGAAGCGCGCCUCUCUGUACGCGAGCUGGGGCUUGGGAGGCACCUUGGACUGGGCGAGUGACCUUCAAAGGUACCAUGAUGUCCCCAAGCCGGCGAAAAGCUGGGCCCACUUUAUCCAGCUGGCCAAAGCUGGAAAGAACCCCAAGGCCGACCACACGCGGAACGGGAACUGGACGAGCUUCGACUGCACGCACCCGGUGGUGGUGGAUUUCCUCGACUACACGCCCUCGGAACGGUGGCGGUUGAUGGGCACCGAUGCAGCCUGGGACGACGUGGUCCGGAUUUGGAAGGAUACCGAGGAGCAGCGCGAUGUUUCCUUCAUCCUGUCCAGCUGCAGCACCGUGGACUGCGGAAAGGGGGCCGACGGUGCCACCUCGGGCCCCGCGGCCCAGUUCAUCUGGAACUCGCUGGUGGAAAUCCAUGAAAUGUACCAGAGGUACUAUGACACUUUGUUCCAGGCUCUCACCCUUGUCAGCACGGCGCUCAAGGAUAUGGAGAACAAGUUUGCGCCGAUUCCGCCGAAAGAAGACGACACCUGGCUCCUGCUCCUGGUCGAUAUGAUCACGCUGGGGGCCCUGGGAAGCGCUGGACCAUUUUUCAACACCGUUCUGAAGCAGCAGACCUGUACCACCAUCGCCAAGGACGCAUUGCCAUCCGGAGGAAAUGGAACUGGGACUCUAUGGACGCCGGAGAAUCAGGAUGAGUUCUCUGCCUAUCUGGGGCAGGUCGUCUAUGGCUGGGCAAACGUUACCUCCCUGACGCUCACUACCCUCUUCCACGGAACCAACGAGGCGCUGGACGCUCUGUUGGCCGCCAUGUCCGAUGGAAAGCUCAUCGAGGGCAAAAGGGAAGGCGAGAUGCCCGCGACCGGAAAUGCCCAGAAUGACCUCCUCACGAACAUUCGCAAGUGUAUUAUUGGGUUCGCCCUCCCCGCCGUGUGGCGCCAAUCCGGAGCCUAUACCUUUAUCAUAGAUGCCGGUCACGCGUGCAACGAAGAAGACCAGCGUCUCCGGGGCUACCUGGACGCCGACACGAUGAACGCCACGGGCGUCUGCGUGGACAACUGGCAGUACUACCGGGCGUAUCCGGACGGCGCGGCGACGACCUGCACCUGCAAGCGGGUCACUGAUGUCGGUCCCUGUAAGACCACCUGCCGCGACAACAAGUUCUCGGCGCCCAAGGGCACCGCAUACAUCUCCGGCGGGAAGAACUACCACGGCAUCACGAAGAUCGAAGGCGAUGGCAGAACUGCCUGGACCACCCAGGUGAUCGGCCAUAACCAGCGCGAGAUUGCAAGUCAUGCCGGCUGUCAUUUCGGCGUUGAAGCGACCAAGACGGCCGCUAACGUCAACUUCAAGGUCGGGGGACAGGAUGUCAUUGAUCUCAUCAACGACGCGAUUGCCCCGUUCGCGCGGGACGGGCGAAUUGGUGCUAAGGGCAAUAUGAAUUGCAAUGGCAAUAUUAAGAGUCAGCCAGUUCAGUGGGGAAUCUACUAG